AUGGCUGAUCCAGAGAAAGAGGGAGGUGACCUUGCUGAAGCAGAAGCUAAUGUAUCAGUACCUGAACAGCAAGUUGUAGAGGACUCAUCAGUAACAGAACAAACAGAAGAAAUUAUAGACUUUGUAAGAACUACAGAAAAGCAAACAGAUGCAACACAGUCAAAUGAAACAGCUCUACCUGCAGAGCAGGAGCAGUUAACGCCUGAGUCCAGUCCUACUGAGGAGCUGACAGAGAGACUGGACACUGUAACAGAGCCAGAGGAAGCCCACCCAGAACCUCAAGUUCAGGAAGAUGUCGCGUAUGUCAAAGAUCUUAGUGAUGAAGUGCAGUCUGAUGUUGACACACCAACUCCGGUAGUUGAAAUAACAGCAAAAGCUGUUAGUACUCUUGCUGAAAACCUGUCUGGAUUAGCUGCAGAAACACAUCCUGUGGGUAGCACAUCAUCGGGAGUUUUGAGAUCUCAAAUACCACAAGUUCCAGAAGAUACAGAAGAUUUUGUCACAACAGUUAAGAUCAUGCUGCAUCCUGAUAUCCAGGUUUUUGCUAUGGCUUUCAAUAUUAACAGAACUGUGGGACAAAUGAAACAGUAUUUUUCAUCACGAUUAAAAAUACCGCAGGAUGUUUUACAGUUCAUGUUGUUAGGGAGAAUAAUGGAGAACAGUGAAACGCUGCAGGAUCUUCACGCUAAAUGUCAUGGAACUAUACAGUUCGAUAUGUUCUCCCUAGAUGAAGAACGCUUUCCAAUCAAAUCAUCUAAACUCUUUCAAGAAUUCUACAUGCCUGAUGUUAUAACCGUCAGAGUGAAAACAGAUGCAGACAUAUUUCAGGAUGUAUCCAUAGAGAUUAAGAGGCCAACGUUUGAGAAACCAUUUCUGGGUGGAUUUAGACAUAGGCUAACAGGCGUGGAAUAUCACAAUGCAGGAUCACAGACGGUACCCAGAAAACGUCCAGAGAAAGGAUAUUUAGAGUUCUGUCGGUCAACACAGACAGCAGUUGAGAGGAAAAAGCUACAACAGACAAGAAAUACAACUUCCACCCAGAUGACUAAAAUUGGUGUUUAUGUGUCAAACAUCACUGACAAACUCAUCGAACCGAAAGGCUAUGUCACAGCUGAAGAGUACCAUGCACGAAGACUUAAGGCAGUCAUUGUAAUACAAACCUACUUCCGAAGGUGGAAUGCUAUCAACAUAGUAGCAAGACUAAAAGAAGAAAAAAGGUUGAGAUUGGAGUGGGAAGAACAAGAGGAACAAAGAAAAGAGCGAGAGAAGGCAGAGAGACUACGGAGAGAGUAUGAUCGAAGGAUGCAUCCUAAAACAAAGGAUGAUUUUGAACUACUCUAUCAUGCUUUGGAAUUAUGGAGGCAGGAGGAGCUUGCACGCAUCGACAGUAUCUUCACUGGAGCCGAGCGGAAGGCAGCACUCUGUGCACUUUUAGAAAAAGAGGCCGAGCUGAUUGCUUCCAUUGGGAGGCACAAACUCAAUGCUGAUGACGAGAAUGAGCAAAAGGCAAUCCUGUCCUUCCUGGAAAAG